AUGGACGGUAUGGAACUUCGUGGUUGGGCCUACAAUAACCCUACGAAGCCCAGUCGUGACCUCACGGAUCCAGUUGGCCAGACUCUCCUUGCUGCUUUCAAUCAAGAAUUCGAUGCGCUGCAAAAUUACUGCGAAAUGAUGAUCAAGCAACUCGGAGGAACGGAAGAAGCUCGCGAGACUGUCAGACAGGACCUUUAUUCAAAAAGAUGGGGUCCUACCCGUACGCCUAUCUACUCUGUGCUAUUGCCGGCACUGCACGUGUUGCCACAAAAGAAGCAAGAGUUGCUGGGCAUUGUAAGAUAUCUAGCCAACGACCUCAAAGUACCAGUCGACGGAAAGGACAUUGUGGGCAGCACCGCCCUCUUCUGGUCAAUCUCAACCAAACCCUACGUACAGCCGGAAUUCGCGCAGAUCCUCUUUGAUGCUGGAGCAUCCGUCAACACAAAAAACCGUUUCAAUGCCACUGCGGGUUCCGAAAUAGGUCAAGCUGAUAUCCAUGGCGACACAAGCAAGAAUGUGCAGAUGAUGAAGUGGUACAUUGAGCAUGGCGGAGAUAUCGACUCCAAAGACACGGAUGGUAUGAACAUCAAGACCUUGAUUGAGAUGUUGGAUAAAAAAGUGCCGGCUAUGACUGAGGUUAUCAAGAAGGGAAGGAGCCCAAGGAAGGAAGGGGAUUGCACUAAUUGUGGGAGAAGUCCGAAGGAUGGUAAGGCUUUCUCGGCGUGUGCAAAGUGUAAGAAGGCGAGGUACUGCUCGCAGGAGUGUCAAAAGGUGGACUGGAAGGGCGGCUACGAUGAGCUAGGUCGACUUAACCUCCUCACUCCGCAGCGAAUAGCAAAAGCAACACAAGAGAAUGUCAAGACUGGACAAUCAGUGUCACUGGACUUGCCCUUGAACGUCCCCGGCCCAGCCUUUUUCGGACGAAAGGGACUGAAACACCGCAUCAAAACCAUAGGCCCCGGCGCCUUCGAUGAUGAAGUAGCUUUCAACACGCAAAGUAGCAGUCAAUGGGAUGGCUUCCGCCACUUCGCGCAUCCAAAAUAUGAAUGUCACUACAACGGCGUACUCUCCGACGAAAUCAUGGCUGAUGUAGAUGAUGAUGGAGAAGACGGCGAAGAAGCACCUGAGCGCUCGAGAAAACUCGGUAUCGACGCCUGGGCCAAGAAAGGCAUUAUAGGCCGCGGUAUCCUCCUCGACGUGUACUCCUGGGCCCAGAAGUCAGGGAAAGCAUAUGACCCUUUUACCAACCACCCCAUAACAGCCGAUGAUCUACUCGCAUGCGCCGAAUCCCAAGGCACAUCUUUCAAAACUGGUGACAUACUCUUGAUACGCACCGGUUGGCUCGCAGCAUACAACGCCCUCUCCACCUCCGAGAGAUCAGAACGCGGCACCAUGGCGCUAGAUAAACAUUUCUACGCAGGCCUCGAUGCGACGGAGUCCAUGAAGGAUAUCUUAUACGACAACUACUUUGCGGCGGCUGCGACGGAUAAUGCGAAUUUCGAGGUUUGGCCGCCGGAGAGCUAUGAGAGUAGUUUGCAUGCGUGUAUGCUUAGUAUGUGGGGGAUGCCGAUUGGUGAGCUUUGGGACUUUGAAACGCUGGCGGGGAUGUGUAGGGAGAAGGGAAGGUGGGAGUUUUUGGUUGUUAGUAAGCCAGUAAAUGUACCGGGGGGUGUAGGGAGUUUGCCGAAUGCUGUGGCUAUCUUCUGA